UAACUUUAUAAUAUUUGCUUACAUACCAAUUAAUUAGAUGGAGUACUCCUAUGGUUGUCAUUUAGUUUUUGGAAUCACAUGCUAUCAUCGACUACCAAUUUUAUUAUUGUUUAAGAUCUCAUCUCACAUUGUAAAAUGGGAGACCUUAUUAUUUCUAUAGGCUAUGAGAAGUACUUUAGCAAUCUCCGAUUAUAAAUAUCCCCACUUUAGUAUUCCUUUUUUCCUCCAUUAACACCUCUCCUCUCUAACUCAUCUUCUUCAUUUCAUUUUCUUCACACCCACUGCAAUGGGGAAUCAGCUCCACAUAUUCUUGUUCCCUUUCUUGGCGCACGGGCAUAUGAUUCCCAUGGUCGACAUGGCUAAAUUGUUCUCUUCUCGUGGCAUCAAGGUCACCAUCGUCACAACACCUAUCAAUUCCAUCUCUAUUGCCAAAUCCCUUCACGAUUCUAAUCCACUCAUCAACCUUCUCAUACUCAAAUUCCCUUCUGCUGAAGUCGGCCUCCCAGAUGGCUGUGAAAAUCUUGACUUCCUUAUUAGUCCUUCCAUGAUUCCCAAAUUCAUCUCUGCUGUGUCUUUGCUCCAAACCCCACUUGAGGAGGCUAUUACGGAACAUCGCCCCCAUUGUAUUGUAGCCGAUAUGUUUUUUCCUUGGGCCAACGAUGCUUCUGUCAAAUUGGGGAUUCCCAGGCUUAAUUUUCACGGUACUAGUUUUUUCUCCACCUGUGCCUUGGAGUUCAUGCGGAUUUACGAGCCUUACAACAAUGUUUCCUCGGAAACAGAGCCUUUUCUCAUUCCUCAUCUCCCUGGGAAUAUUACUAUCACAAAGAUGAAACUUCAUGAGCUUGUGCGGGAGAAUGUCAAGAAUGAUUUAACCGAGUAUAUGAAGAGGGCUUAUGACUCAGACUCCAAAUGUUAUGGGGUUGUUAUGAACAGUUUUUACGAGCUGGAAGCAGAGUAUGCAGAUUGCUACAAAAAUGUGUUGGGAAGAAAAGCAUGGACCAUUGGCCCACUUUCGUUAUGUACUCAAGAAUCGGAAGAAGAAGCUCAGAGAGGAAACAAAUCCGCCAUUGAGGAACAUGAGUGCUUGAAAUGGCUCGACUCCAAAAAACCCAACUCGGUAGUGUAUGUGUGUUUUGGAACUUUAACAAAAUUCAACUCUAAUCAGCUGAAGGAGAUUGCAAAUGGGCUGGAAGCUUGUGGAAAAAAUUUCAUAUGGGUUGUGAGGAAAAUAAAAGAGAAAGACGAAGACGAAGAAGAUAAGGAUUGGUUACCAGAAGGGUACGAACAGAGGAUGGAAGGAAAAGGACUAAUUAUAAGAGGAUGGGCGCCACAAGUUAUGAUAUUGGAUCAUCCAGCAGUGGGUGGAUUUAUAACACACUGUGGAUGGAACUCGACGUUGGAAGGAGUGGCUGCCGGAGUUCCGAUGGUGACAUGGCCGGUGGCGGCAGAGCAAUUUUACAACGAGAAACUGGUGACGGAGGUAUUGAAAAUUGGAGUUGGUGUUGGGGUACAAAAAUGGGUGAGAAUCGUUGGGGAUUUCAUUAACAGUGAAGCUGUGGAAAAGGCAAUAGGAAGAGUUAUGGAGGGAGAAGAAGCAGAGGAGAUAAGAAAGAGGGCUAAAGAAUUUGCAGAAAAGGCAAGGAAAGCUGUUGCAGAGAAUGGAUCAUCCUACUGCGAUUUGGAUGCUUUGAUUAAGGAGUUGGAAUCGUUGGCCUUUUGAAAUUCAUUCUGUUUGCUUAUUGAGCUUUCAGAAGGUUUGAUUUUUGGUUUGCAAUGGUAGGAUGUCUUUCAAGUGAACACAAAUAUAAAAUGAUACGAGCUUUUGAGUACCCUCUUCAAGUUUGGAUUUCUAGCUUGAAUAUCUUAGACCCAAAUAAUUACUUUUGAGAAAAAGUCACAAAUACAGCCCAAUUUUUCUUCUGGGUUAAGGAAAUGAAAACUGAGCUAAAACGUGGGUUGGGGUUCUGACUCCAAUUUCUCAAGAAUCACUUGUGCAUGUCUUCAUAUUCUUCAUGCAUAAAUAGUGAGAACAAGUAGAAGAAAGGAAAGAGGUUUGACGAUGAAUGCUUAACAAGCAAAAGGUCAAGUAGCCUUAGUUUGAAGUCGAGUAAUGGUUAGAUGUUUGUGUCGUGUUAUAGUUGUGGGAGGAAGCUUCUUGGUGAGAAGAAAUGCAAAGAAAAGCAAUAAAAAAGGAAAAACCUUUGAUGCAUCAUACAAUAUACUUAACCAUUGGUAUUGCCUUAUAAAUUUUCAAAUAAAAAAAUGAAUGCAAUAACAUUGGCCUACAUAUUUUAUCA